AUCAAAUUGGAAUCAAAAAAUCUCAUGCUUCUUCUCUUGAGGCGAUCUAUUUAACAUCCUCCUGAGCACACAUCUUUUCCUCCCCUCUUUCUUCUUCCAAGCAACUACAGCAAUGGCGCUCAUCACUACUCCCAUUACAGAGCUCUUCGGAAUCAAGCAUCCUGUCCUUCUCGCUGGUAUGAAUGUUGCAGCAGGUCCAGAGCUCGCUGCUGCUGUGUCCAAUGCCGGUGGUCUAGGAGUCAUCGGUGGGUUUGGUUAUACACCAAAAAUCUUGCGCCAACAGAUCAAGGCAAUCAAGGACGACCUCAAGGAUCCCAGUCUUCCAUUCGGUGUCGACCUUCUACUCCCACAAGUCGGCGGAAACGCGCGAAAGACAAACUAUGAUUACACCAAGGGAAAACUUGACGAACUCAUUGAUGUCAUUAUCGAAGAGAAAACUUCUCUCUUUGUCUGCGCUGUUGGAGUGCCGCCAAAGGAAAUUGUCGAGCGGCUGCACAAAGCCAAAAUACCCGUCAUGAACAUGGUCGGUCACCCAAAGCACGUCGAAAAAGCGUUGGAGGUUGGCGUGGACAUCAUUUGCGCUCAGGCUGGCGAGGGUGGCGGGCAUACUGGAGACACACCCGCCAGUAUUCUGAUCCCAGCGUGUGUGGAUGCCGUCAGGGGACACAAGGCGCCCCUAAAUGGACAACCGGUGUAUGUCAUCGGGGCGGGCGCGGUAUAUGAUGGCAGAAGUUUGGCGGCUAAUUUAGCAUGGGGUGCACAAGCUGUUUGGGUCGGGACGCGUUUUGUGGCAUCAAUCGAGGCCGGAGCACCCAAAAUUCACAAGGAGCUUAUCGUGAGGGCUGGGUACGAUGAUGCUAUCACAACUCUUAUCUACACUGGACGACCGCUACGUGUUCUUAAGACGCCUUAUGUAGCAGACUGGGAGACGAAUCGCCAGGCUGAAAUCAAGGAAUUGACCUCGAAGGGUGUUAUCCCAGCCAACUGGGACCUUGAGCAACGUCCCGAGAAAUCUAUGGAGGGUCGUCCUUGGUUAAUGGGUAAAGUUUCAGGCCUCAUCAAAGACAUCUUGCCAGCGAAGGAUAUCGUGGAGAACAUGGUGAACGAGGCGGCUGAAGUCUUACAACAUAAUUCAUCUCUCGUCCUCAAGUCAGCCAAAGCAAAGUUGUAGCCGUUACAUUCUGGUGGAUCUAUUUAUUCGCAUGUGUAUAUACACUUCAAUCAUAUUCUGGAUCAUUCGUCAUCGCGCUC